AUGUCGGGCUUCCUCAUCUUUGCAGUCUUUCUGGCUGUGGGAUCACUGGCGUGUCGGCUUCUCUGCAGCACAGAUAUUUCCAAGAUCAAAGGCUUGCCUGAACUCCCAGGUGUGCCGAUGUUCGGCAGCCUGUUCCUCUUAGGAAAACACCAUGCACGAAACUGUGCCUGUCUAGCCAAGCAGUUUGGGCCUGUCUUCCAAGUCCGUCUAGGAAAUCGUAGGAUCGUGUAUGCUAACGACUUCGAUUCGGUCAAAGAGCUUUGGAUUGGCAAUCAAGCAGCUCUCGUCUCUCGCCCUCGUUUCUGGACAUUUCACAAUGUUGUCUCACAGACUCAAGGCGUCUUCACCUUGGGCACAUCGCCCUGGAAUGACUCGGUGAAAAAGGCCAGGAAAGCGGCUGCCACAGCUCUCAAUCGGCGUGCGACUCAAAGCUAUCUGCCGCUGAUCGACCUCGAGAUCACCAGGGCGUUUGCAGAGCUAUUCGAGAACGUAGGGCGUGGCGGAAGCGAUUUGGAUCCAAAUGGCUACUUCCAACGCCUCUCGCUGAACAUUAGUCUGACACUUGCGUUCGGUUUCCGGAUCGAAGGGACUGUGAAUGACAAACUACUCUGGGAGGUUGUAGCUGUCGAGCGAGAGCUGGGGAACCUCCGUGGCGUGGCGCACUGUUGGCAAGACUACGUACCCUUACUGCGACUCUUCCCCGGCUACAAGAAGAACGCCAUUGAGUACCGAGCCCGCCGUGACAGCUAUAUCCUCCAGUUCUAUUCAAAGCUGCAAGAGAGGAUCCGUGCGGGAACAGAUAACCCGUGCAUCGCCGGCAAUGUGAUCAAGGAUCCUGAAGCUGGAUUGAAUCAAGAUGAGCUCAAGACCGUCGCUUUGACUAUGGUGGCCGCUGGUUUAGACACCCUACCUGGCAACAUCAACAUGACGAUCGCUUAUCUAUCGUCCGAACACGGCCAAGAAGUUCAAGAACGUGCUUACGCCGACAUCAUGCGUGCAUACGAUGGAGAAGAUCCUUGGGAGAUGUGUCUGCUUGAAGAAAAGUCAGAAUUUAUGCAAUCCUUCGAAGUUCUCCGCUACUGGUCGACGCUCAACAUGUCGUUCACCCGUCAGAGCAUCAAGCCAGUCCACUACAACGGCGCCGAGAUCCCGGCCGGGACCCCUUUCUUCAUGGCAAGUCGUCUGCACCGACGUACCCCAAACCAUCACUCUAACCUCGCCCUUCAGAACAUGUGGGCCGCAAACCAUGACCCCAAACACUUCAAGUCUCCCAUGGACUUCGUGCCCGACCGCUUCGUCGGUGUAUCCGAGACCGGUGGCGGGACGCAGCACUUUGCCUACGGCGCUGGCACGCGCAUGUGCAUAGGUGCCCACCUCGCCAAUCGCCAGCUAUACGCCAUCUUCACGCGCCUCAUUCUUGCUUUCCGUGUCAAACCCACGACCAUUCCGACCAUGCGGCCGGAACUGGAUACCAUUGAAUGUAAUGCGGUUCCUACGAGUAUGGUGACGCAGCCGAAGCCGUUUCAGGUGUAUCUUGCUCCCAGAGAUGGGGUGAAGUUGGAGCAAUGGCUGGCGGAUAGUAGGGACAGGACGGCAGAUGUCAUGUAG